ACCUCCAUUCCGCCAUGGACGCCCAUUCAUCUUCUUUUUCAAGCUUUUCCGCAUACCUUCGAGCUCUCUCUCUCACUCCUUCUCGUCUUUCUCGACGGGCCUUCUCCGUCUCCACCUCCUUCGACGAAAUGACUUCUACACGAUCCACUUCCGGCGUUCAUAUGCAUAGGACUCUCCGCUGGUUCGACCUCGUCGGCUUUGGCCUUGGCGGUAUGGUCGGCGCUGGCGUCUUCGUCACAACCGGUCCGGCUGCUCACCAGGCCGGUCCUGCCAUUGUUCUGUCUUACGCCAUUGCUGGCCUCUGUGCGCUCUUAUCGGCUUUCUGCUACACCGAGUUUGCCGUCGAUAUGCCUGUAGCCGGUGGCGCCUUUAGUUAUCUACGUAUCACAUUCGGUGAAUUCGCUGGAUUUUUGACCGGUGCGAAUCUGAUAAUGGACUAUGUGAUGUCCAACGCCGCUGUCGCCAGGAGUUUCACUCAAUACCUAGGCGCCGCAAUCGGUAUUUCCACCGCUAAAUGGAGACUCGUCGUUCCUGGACUCCCCAAGGGAUUCGAUCAAAUCGAUUUGAUUGCCGUCGCCGUUGUUUUGAUCAUCACAAUCAUCAUCUGCUACAGUACGAAACAGAGCUCGGUGGUGAACAUGACGCUGACAGCGAUACACAUUCUAUUCAUAGCUUUUCUGAUCGUAUUCGGAUUCUGGAAAGGCGAUUGGAAGAACUUCACCGAACCAGGCGAUCCGAAGAACGAAUCCGGAUUCUUCCCUCACGGAGCCACAGGCGUUUUCAAAGGCGCGUCUCUGGUUUACCUAAGCUACAUCGGCUACGAUGCUGUAUCGACGAUGGCGGAGGAGGUUCGUAAUCCGGCAAAGGACAUCCCGGUCGGCGUCUCUGGCUCCGUCGUGCUCGUCACCAUCUUGUACUGCCUAAUGGCGGCUUCAAUGGCGAAGCUCCUUCCCUACGAUAUGAUCAAGGCGGAGGCGCCGCUCGCGGAGGCGUUUGCGAGGUGGAAGUGGGUGUCGAACGUGAUCGGGGGCGGAGCAAGCUUCGGGAUAUUGACGUCGCUGCUGGUGGCGAUGAUGGGGCAGGCUCGAUACAUGUGCGUCAUUGGACGGUCCAGAGUGGUCCCUGCUUGGUUCGCCGAGGUCCAUCCCAAAACCUCCACCCCUCUCAACGCCUCCGCCUUUCUUGGGAUUUUUACGGCUGUGAUCGCUCUUUUCGUUGAUCUUGAUGUCCUACUCAACUUCGUAUGCAUUGGUACACUCUUUGUGUUCUACAUGGUCGCCAAUGCUAUUAUUUACCGACGUUAUGUGGUGAUAGGGAGCACCAAGCCACAACCAACGCUAUCAUUCCUCUGCUCAUUUUCACUCACUGCUAUCAUAUUCACUCUCAUAUGGCACUUCGUAACUCCAGGGCGUGCCAAAACUGCCUUACUCACUGUCACUGCCAUCGUCGCCAUCGUUGUCUCGCUAAUUUUCAAUUGCGUGGUACCUCAAUCACGGAAACCUGAAUUCUGGGGCGUCCCCUUGAUGCCAUGGAUACCUUGUGCAUCAAUCUUCCUAAACUUGUUCUUGCUCGGGUCCCUCGAUGGCUCGUCCUAUAUAAGAUUCGUGUUCUUUUCGAUCCUCGUCGUGCUUGUUUAUGUGUUGUAUGGCGUCCAUUCAAGCUCAGAUGCUGAAGGAGACGACUCCCUAUUCCUAAAAAAUAGGGAGAUUCUAGAAUUACAAAACAACUUCAAAGUAUAGUUUAUGUGAUUGUUUCUUUUA